ACGGUCUAUGCUCCGUCUCACGCACCAGAUCACUCUAACAGCAGCCCGUACCUCCACACUUCCACAGCUCGCCAUGGUUGGGUCCAUUGCCAAGGCCGAGCUCAAGACCAAGCUCGAGGAUGGGGUGUACCUCAUCGACGUGCGGACGCCCGACGAGGUGGCUUCCACGGGCAUCAUCCCGCACGCCGUCAACGUCCCGCUCGAUGCCAUCCCGCCUCUUUUCGAGUAUCCAUCCGAGGAGAGCUGGGAGGACGCCGGACUCCCGCCGCUCCCGCCCAAGGACACCCCGAUCAUCUUCUACUGCCGCUCGGGCGCCCGUUCUGGAAUGGCCGCCAACUAUGCCGAGCAGGCCGGCUGGACAAACACCAUCAACUACGAGGGCUCGUGGCUCGACUGGUCGCCCACCGGAUGAGUCUCUUCCUUCAGCUUGGCCUUUGCCUCAAUGGGACGGCAUCUAUCAAUCCAACCGCACAUGCAGCGCGUUUCAUCAUUGUAAACACAACG